AUGGAUGACGAGGUCGAUGCGCGCGACAUUGCUGCUCUCUUAGCGGAGCUGCAGGAUGUCGGCGGCACCGUCACGGGUAGCAGCGACGCCACGAACGCGCGUCCGUACGGUGAGGCCUCGAUGCGCCGCGGUGUUGUUGGCGGAACGAGUGUGCUCAAGGAUCAGCAGCGCAGUGCCAAUGCGGCACCUAGCCUGCCUCGCCGUGUCAGCACCGGCGAGGGAGGCGCAAGUGUCCCGAUCCGCCCGGGAAUGCGUCCAAGUUCCACUGCCGCCGCAUCGAGAUCGCUAGCCCCCAUCAGCUUUUCUACGUACAGCGCAGCCGAUACAGGGCUCACGGAUGCGCAGCUUAGCUCGCAGCGGCUGUCCGCCACGCCGCUUGGCGUGCGACUGACACCUCUGGGCGACAGCAACGGCGCAGCCGCCCCUGCCCCCAUCCCACCACUGCUGUCGUCGUCACCGCGAAAGGCCCCCCUGCCUGCAUCUCCCUCCCGUGCCAACACCGCUGCGGACGCGGGGGCACCGGAACCGCCGCUGACGUCUCAGUCACCUCUCCCUCCGCUGCCCAGCCUUGGAGCUCGCGGCUCGCGAGCUGGCGGCACCAAGGUUACGGAGGUCGGCGGGGAUCUGGGCGAAGGGGCCUCCGCGUCCGUUCCCGUUGAUGUGCUCCCAUGGCCCGCGUCAAGCGAGGCAUCCACCGGCGGCAAUGAGGGCCUGUUGCCGAAGGCCGUCCCUGCCGCCGCUGCUGCUGCUGCUGCCACAGCGGUGUCGUCAAUGCCCGAGGCACCGCGCGAGGUGAACUUUCUGCCGAUCAUGUGUGCGCGAUAUCUCCGCCCGGUCGGGCUCACACCAACCGCCCGGUCGGGUCACACCCUCACUCCUGUCACGCCUGACACGAUGCUUCUCUUCGGCGGCCUCGAUCUCCAUGGCGAGGAGACGACGUCGCUCAUGGCCUUCAACGCGACCACCAUUUCGUGGGAACCUCUCUAUACCUUGUCAGAGGCCCCAGUGGCGCGCCACAGUCACGCCGCCUGUGCCUAUGAUGGGCGGUACCUCAUCAUCAGCGGUGGCGUCGCGCAGCACGGCGGUGCAGUGCUGAACGACAUGCACGUCUACGACCUGGACACACACCAUUGGCGCUGUGUGUGGGACGGGCAGCGGGAUGGGUCAGCGGAGAACCGCAACGAGCCCGGGCCGCGCUUCGGGCAUACGAUGGUGCUGCAUGACGAUCGACUUUACCUGUACGGAGGGAAAACCACGAGCGAGUCGCGCCAGCGCACACGGCGCGGCUCCGGCACCGGGAGCGUGGUAGCCGCGACGACGGCAGCCGCGACACUUGCGAGCGGCUCGGACGUGUAUGUGUUCUCGCUGAACAGCUACCAGUGGCGACGGCGCGUGCGGGCGGCUAAGGAGCACCACUCCCCUCCUCCUGAGCAGGCGGCGGCAGUUCAGAACUCAGAGAAGCCGGGCGAAGACGCAAAUGCGGAGAGUCAUCAGACGGUGCGCACCCGCCCUGCCACGCGCACCUACCACGCCGCGUGUAUCAGGGGAAACACCAUGUACAUUAACGGCGGCGCAGGGGCGUCGGAGGUGCUCACCGAUACGUGGUCAGUGCAGCUGCACACGGGAGAGUGGCACUGCGUGCACCGGGGCGGUACCGCCGACGCCGUUCCACGCGAGAAGCACGCCAUCUUUGUGUGCGGUGAGGCACUGUUGCUCGUCGGCGGGUGCAGCGGUGGGAGUUUGAACGAGCGCAUCACCGGCAAGUUCACGCAUUUUUCCGUGGUGCUGCCGCUGGUUGGCAACGCGGCCAGCGCACCGUGUUGGAUUCCGGUGGCGAUGGGCAACAUGUCCAUUGUGCAGCCGCACAGGAAGAGCUUUGCAGCUGCGCUGGCGGGCGGCUUCGUCUACGUAUUCGGCGGUGUGUGUGGGGCGGACCCGGCAACGAACUCGAUGGUGCGCUUCCUGGCUGCUGAUGGCUAUGUCUCGGAGAACGAUCAGGCAGCGGUGGCCACCAGCGGCGGCGACGGAGGUGCUCAGCGGCUCCGACUGAAGCUUCAGCAGUUGCGGGAACAGCAACAAGGCACACCGUUUGACUGCUACGUGUAUGCUGGCACGUAUGGCAGUGCAGAUAUGGCAUCUGCCGUUGCGCAGCUGCAAGCUCCGUGGGCCUCAGGGGCGGCCAGAGAGGACGGUGGGCUUCAGCAACAGCAGCAGCAGAUGAAGACUGGGGAGGAGGAUGUACCGAUAGCUGGUCUGCAUCGCGCCAUCGUGCAUCAGCGUGCGCCGCUCCUCCUCAAGCAGCUCGAGGGUUGUCGCUCGGAGUUGUACAGCUGCGGAAGUGGUGCCGCCUUGUCCACCGCCAGAGCACCAGGACAGCAGCAGCAGCAGCAGAACCGCACCCCGUUAGACAUGGGCCGUGAUGAGGUGGACGCACUCUUGCAGCAGGUUUCCGAGGGACAGCGCGGCGGGGGCGCAAGGGCAGUCGACCCAUCGUCUGCAGCCAAAGACAGCACUGCACGGGCAGGCGCCUCGGCUGGUGGGGCAGGUGGUCUGCCCAUAUACUUCACAAACGGCACGCCGCGCGCCCCUGGCUUGGCACAGCCGCUCACGGCCGAUGCCCUGCAGUGCCUCGUCGACUACGUCUACUGGGGUGGCCUGAAGGCCAAAUACCGCGUGCUGUUGGAGAAGGACGAGGACGGCGGCGACGGUGCGGAGGCGAAUAGUGGCCGUCCUACUGCGAGCACCAGUGAGAACAGCUUCACGGCCGAGUACCGAGCGCGUCUGGUGCAGACGCUGGAGAUCGUCAAGGCAGCCGGUGAGACCUACGAGCUAGCUCCCCUGGCUACUCUCUGCGCGAGUCUACUGGCGGGUGAUCGGGAGCAGGUGCGGCUGGCACGGCAGCGGAGCACCGAGCAGCUGCGCAGCGACAUGGCCGCGCUUCUCAGCGCGCCGUCCAUCGGUGCCAACACUACCAUGGUAGUUGUGGACCCACAUACAAAGGCGCAGUCGGUGCAUGUGCUUCAUGCCUGCAUCUUGCUGACUGCUAGCGAUCUCUUCACCGAGCUGCUGCGGCCGCUCUACCGCACCGUAAGCGGCGGGCCCGCGAGCGGUGGCACCUUGUCCAACCGUGUCGGCUCACUGGCAGCGAAGCUGAGCACGGCAGCAGCCGCCUCACCGCUUGCGCUCCUCACGAGCUCGUCGAAGCGGACUGUACUGAUCGGUCCAGUGCCCUUGCCGCUCCUGGCUGUGCAGCCCAUCCUGCGCUACCUCUACACCCAGCAGCUUCAGGCGCCGUCCGAGACCGCGUUCGAGGUGAUGCUCGGCGCGCAUCAGCUUCGCCUCACAGAGCUACAGUCGCUCUGCGAGGCCGCCGUGGCUCGAGAGGUGGUGAACUACCAGACUUGUUGCUCCCUCUACCACCUGGCGCGCAAGUACCAGGCAUCGCUACUCGAGGAAAUCGCGCUCUUGACGGCCGUUUCGGGCUUCGCCACGGUGCGCAACACCUCUGCCUACCAACUGCUGUCCGAUGAAGAGAAGCAGAACAUCGACGCCGUGGCAGCGGAGCUGGGCUCGUCGACUUGGGUGCCGCCCCCGCAGCCAAUGGCGGAGAUGAAGUCAAGGGCCACCUACAACUCCCGCUGGGACUCCUCAGCGCCGUCGGCACUGUAA